GCGCUUCCUGGGUCUCGUCUGCGCUUGCGCCUGAGCCGGUGCUUCCUCAGGUGUCUAUGGAGAAGCCCGGUUCGGAGCAAUGGCGUCAGGAAUUUACCUCUGUCUGCUAAGUGCCGUAGUCGCGUGAACAGUCGGAACAGGCCGGUGCUGGGGCGCGAAGAGAAACUCUGAGAGGGUGAUCCACAGCUGACAAAGGCAGACUUGGUUGAAGCCCAGACAAUAAGCAGGAAAGAAGUGCAUCUAUAGCCGAAUCAGAACUUAGCUAGCCAUGGAGCUUGCACACAGUUUACUAUUAAAUGAAGAGGCUUUGGCUCAAAUUACAGAAGCAAAGAGACCAGUUUUCAUCUUUGAAUGGCUGCGGUUCCUUGACAAAGUACUUGUAGCUGCUAACAAGACGGAUGUAAAAGAAAAGCAAAAAAAGCUUGUUGAACAGUUAACUGGUCUUAUCAGCAGUUCUCCUGGGCCACCCACUCGGAAAUUACUUGCUAAAAAUCUAGCUGCGCUAUAUAGCAUUGGAGACACUUUUACUGUAUUUCAGACGCUCGAUAAGUGUAAUGAUAUUAUCAAAAGCAAAGAUGAUACUUCUGCCUACUUACCAACCAAACUCACGGCUGUGGCAUGUGUUGGAGCAUUUUAUGAAAAAAUGGGGAGAAUGCUUGGCAGUUCUUUUCCAGAAACAGUUAAUAAUCUCUUAAAGUCUCUGAAAAGUGCUGAGUCACAGGGCCGGAGUGAAAUAUUGAUGAGUUUACAGAAAGUCCUGAGUGGACUGGGUGGCGCUGCAGCUUCCUGCCACCGUGAUAUUUAUAAGAAUGCCCGAUCUCUCCUCACAGACAGAUCUAUGGCAGUGCGAUGUGCAGUAGCAAAAUGUCUGUUGGAAUUACAAAAUGAAGCUGUGUUUAUGUGGACGACAGAACUAGAAAAUGUAGCGACUCUUUGUUUUAAGGCUCUGGAAAACUCAAAUUAUGGUGUACGAGUUGCAGUAUCCAAACUUUUGGGAACAGUUAUGGCCACGGCAUUAAUACCAAAGCAAGCAGCAGUAAUGCGCCAGAAUGUGAAACGGGCUACGCUGGAAGAAGUCUUAGAGCUUAUGGCCACCGGCUUCUUGCGAGGAGGAUCUGGAUUCUUAAAAAGUGGUGGUGAGAUGUUAAAAGUAGGAGGAUCGGUCAAUCGAGAAGUAAGAGUGGGAGUUACUCAGGCCUAUGUUGUCUUUGUCACAACACUAGGAGGUCAGUGGUUGGAGCGUAAUUUUGCUACAUUUUUGUCUCAUGUACUGGAUUUGGUUUCUCAUCCUCGAGCAACUCAGACUCAUGUAGAAGCCGUGUAUUCUCGAAGAUGUGUCUCUUUUAUCCUCAGAGCAACUGUAGGCAGUUUAUUGGGUGAAAAGGCACAGAUUGCCGCUGCCAAAGACAUUUGCCAGGCUAUUGGUAAACAGAUGAAGGCAGUAGAAGCCAUUGUGAAUGAUGCUAAUAUUGAAAAUAAAUCAGGAGCAUCUGAUGUUGCUGCAAGCCAGCAUGUGAUGGUUUGUGCCCUUCAAGAGCUUGGGAGCCUUGUGCAGAGCCUGAAUGCCACUGCAUCUCCUCUUAUUCAGGAACCGUCUACAGGGUUGCUAGAGACAGUUACUUCAGUUCUUCUUCAUCCAAGUAUGGCGGCCCGACUUGCUGCAGCGUGGUGCUUGCGCUGUGUAGCUGUGGCCUUGCCUUUCCAGUUGACUCCUUUUCUGGACCGGUGUGCAGAAAGGCUCAAUAAUCUGAAGACAUCACCAGAAGCUGUUAGCGGUUAUAGUUUUGCAAUGGCUGCAUUGUUAGGUGGAGUACAUCAGUGUCCUUUAGGUAUUCCACAUGCAAAGGGAAAGAUGGUUGUUAGUAUUGCUGAGGAUCUGUUACGAACUGCUGCACAAAACAGUAGAUUGUCUUUACAGCGAACGCAGGCUGGGUGGCUUUUGCUUGGUGCACUUAUGACUUUAGGUCCUUCUGUUGUUCGUUAUCACCUUCCCAAGAUGUUGCUCCUGUGGCGAAAUGUUUUCCCCCGUUCUCUGAAAGAGCUGGAAGCAGAGAAGGCUCGUGGAGAUUCCUUUACAUGGCAAGUAACAUUGGAAGGACGUGCGGGAGCUCUCUGUGCUAUGAGGAGUUUUGUUGCUCACUGUCCUGAACUUCUAACAGAAGAUGUUAUUCGAAAGUUGAUGACUCCUAUUGAAUGUGCUAUGACAAUGAUGUCUCACAUUCCCUCUGUAAUCAAGGCCCAUGGAUCUCAUUUGAAGGCUAGUGCAGCAAUGGUUCGAUUAAGACUUUAUGAUAUUUUGGCUUUGUUACCCCCCAAAACAUAUGAAGGAUCAUUUAAUGCUCUCCUUCGGGAGCUAGUAGCAGAAUUCACUUUGACAGACAACUCUGCAAAUACUACAACAUCCCUUCUUAGAUCACUUUGUCAUUAUGAUGACAGUGUUCUUCUUGGUUCCUGGCUCCAGGAAACAGACCAUAAAUCUAUUGAGGAUCAGCUCCAGCCAAACAGUGCCUCUGGAAGUGGUGCUCUAGAGCAUGACCCGUCUUCCAUUUACUUGCGCAUUCCUGCUGGUGAAGCUGUACCUGGUCCCCUUCCUUUGGGAGUAUCAGUCAUUGACGCUUCUGUGGCUCUCUUUGGAGUGGUUUUUCCUCAUGUUUCCUACAAACACAGGCUACAAAUGCUGGAUCACUUUGCAGAAUGUGUUAAGCAGGCAAAAGGUGUCCGUCAGCAAGCUGUGCAGCUUAAUAUCUUCACGGCUGUUCUCAGUGCAUUAAAGGGCUUAGCUGAGAAUAAGAGUACGUUGGGGCCUGAAGAAGUUCGCAAAUCUGCCUUGACAUUGGUUAUGGGAGCACUUGACAAUCCUAAUCCCAUUCUGAGAUGUGCUGCAGGAGAAGCUCUUGGCAGAAUGGCACAGGUGGUUGGAGAAGCAACUUUCAUUGCCCGAAUGGCUCAGUUCAGCUUUGACAAGCUGAAAUCUGCUAGAGAUGUUGUAUCAAGAACAGGCCAUUCAUUGGCUCUUGGAUGUCUCCAUCGUUACGUUGGUGGAAUAGGUUCUGGACAACAUCUGAAAACCAGUGUUAGCAUUCUGUUGGCGUUGGCACAAGAUGGAACUUCACCUGAAGUCCAGACUUGGUCCCUUCAUUCACUUGCUUUAAUAGUGGACUCGAGUGGGCCGAUGUACCGUGGAUAUGUUGAACCCACUCUGUCUUUGGUUCUUACCUUACUUCUGACUGUGCCUCCAUCACACACAGAAGUACACCAGUGUUUGGGCCGAUGCCUUGGUGCUAUAAUAACAACUGUUGGCCCUGAGCUACAAGGCAAUGGAGCUACCAUUUCAACUAUUCGCUCAUCGUGUUUAGUGGGUUGUGCAAUUACACAAGAUCAUUCAGAUUCUCUUGUUCAGGCGGCAGCUAUUUCUUGCCUUCAGCAGCUUCACAUGUUUGCACCACGGCAUGUCAACCUCUCUAGUCUUGUUCCCAGCCUUUGUGUUCACUUGUGUAGUUCCCACUUGCUACUUCGUCGGGCUGCUGUAGCUUGUCUGCGGCAGCUUGCUCAGAGAGAAGCAGCAGAAGUAUGUGAAUAUGCCAUGAGUUUAGCAAAAAAUGCUGGGGAUAAAGAAAAUAAUGGCAUGAAUAUUAAUCCUUUUGCUCCAGGAGUUGGUUCACGGAGGGAUAUGCAUGGCCGGCAUCAGGGGAUUAAUAUCACUGAGACUGGACUCGAGGGAGUUCUUUUUGGAAUGUUAGAUCGUGAAACUGAUAGAAAACUGUGCUCUGAUAUUCAUGAUACCUUGGGACAUAUGCUUUCAUCUCUAGCAGUAGAAAAACUCUCUCACUGGUUAAUGUUAUGUAAAGAUGUCCUUGCUGCAUCUAGCGACAUGAGCACUGCCACUCCAUUGGGAGGUGAAAAAGAUGAAGAAUCAGAGAAAAAAGAUGAAAUGGAUGAUGAUACGAUGUUUACAACACUGGGUGAAGAAGAUAAAUCAAAGCCUUCUGUGGCUCCUCGCUGGGCUACUCGAGUAUUUGCUGCUGAUUGCCUGUGCCGAAUUAUCAUGCUCUGUGAAAAUGCAAACAAAGCCCACUUUGAUCUUGCUUUGGCCCGAUCUGCCAAACUCAGAGACCCAAAAAAUGACCUUCUAGUGCUUCACCUCUCUGAUCUUAUUCGCAUGGCAUUUAUGGCUGCAACUGACCACAGCAACCAAUUGCGAAUGGCUGGUCUCCAGGCACUUGAAGACAUUAUCAAGAAAUUUGCAGCAGUUCCUGAGCCAGAAUUUCCAGGCCAUGUUAUUCUAGAGCAAUAUCAGGCUAAUGUUGGGGCUGCUCUAAGGCCAGCUUUCUCACAGGAUACCCCUUCAGAUAUUACUGCAAAAGCCUGCCAGGUAUGUAGCACCUGGAUAGGAAGUGGAGUAGUAAGCGACUUAAAUGACCUCCGCCGUGUUCACAACCUGCUUGUCUCUUCUCUGGACAAAGUGCAAACAGGAAAGGGGUCUUCUAGCCAGCUGUACAGGGAGAGUGCUACUACCAUGGAAAAACUGGCAGUACUCAAAGCUUGGGCUGAGGUAUAUGUUGUAGCUAUGAAGAUUAAAAAAGAAGCAGAAACUAAACCAAAGAAGUCAAUGAAGAAUGGAGGAGAGGAUGAAGAUGAUUAUUUUGGAACAGUAGAUGAACUCCCACCAGACAGUUUAAUCACACUUGUGCAACCAGAGCUGCCCACCCUUAGCCGCCUCUGGCUAGCUGCACUUAAAGACUAUGCUCUUCUGACUUUACCAGCAGAAUUUGCAAGUCAGCUUCCUCCUGAUGGUGGAGCUUUUUAUACCCCAGAGACCAUUGAUACAGCUAGACUGCAUUAUCGAAAUUCAUGGGCUCCAAUUCUUCAUGCAGUGGCACUGUGGCUGAACAGUACAGGAUUUAUUGCCUCUGAAUCAACAGACGAAGCAUUAGCAGCAAUACCUAAUCCACAGAAACGGGCCACAUCAAUUAUGUUAAAUCCAGCACCUGGAACACCACCUACCACCAAAUCUUUGCAAGAGAUAAAUAAAGAUAGAAUGCAUUUGAUUUUGGGUGUUAGUAUACAGUUCCUCUGUUUGCCUCGACCAGAAGAACCUGUUGAACAUGUUACGUCCUGUUUACAAGCACUCCACACUUUAUUGGAUUCCCCUUGUGCCAGAAUCCAUAUUGCAGAAGAUCAGCUUCUCGGCGUUGAACUUCUGAGUGUGCUCCAUCGUCUUCUGUUGACCUGCAAUCCUCCUUCAGUCCAGCUGCUUGUUACUGGCGUUGUGCAACAGAUAGUAAGAGCUGCUCAAGAUCAUUUGCAAGAUAAAAGAAACACGUUGAAUGAAGAAGAUAUAAAGGAAAAAGACACUAGCACUAUCUUGGGCGAAGGAGGAGAAAGUGGAGGUCUUGUGCCUGGAAAAUCCCUUGUAUUUGCUGCCAUGGAACUGCUAAUGUUUAUCCUAGUACGACACAUGCCCCAUUUAAGCACAAAAAUGUCAGAUUCUCCGACUCAUAUCUCAAACAGAACCCAACUCCCAGAAGAAAGUGCUCGUCUUGUGGCUGCCACUGUUGCCAUUCUGUCUGAUCUGCCUACGUUGUGUUCUCCAGCUGGAUGCAUGACAAUUUUACCCACGGUCCUAUUUCUAAUAACACAAGUGUUGAAAGAAACUGCUGUAAAAGCAAUGGGAAAUCAAGUCCCACCGCCAGUCACUGCAGCACUUCAGGGUUUGAAAAACAUUGUAACACUUCCAAUGGCCAUGAAUGAAGAAAUUCACAAACAGUGGACAAAUCUUAUCCGUAGCACCCUGGCUUCUAUCUUGGAAUAUUCUCAACCAGAGGCCUCAAAGCCUGUUUUAGAUGAAGUAAGCAUGCUUACAGCUAUUGCACUCUUCCUUUGGUCUUCAAGUACAGAAAUAAUUGGAGUGCAGUCAUUACAGAACGGUUGCAUGAGCAGAUUCAAAACUGCACUGAACUCAUCUGAUCCUUGGGUUCAAGCCAAAUGCUACCAACUUCUACUUUCUGUAUUCCAACACACUAAUCGUGCUCUCUCAGCCCCAUACAUCCAUUCACUGGCACCAAUCAUGGUCGAGAAACUGAAAGGAGUGGAAAAAAAACGACCAAACAACAAGACAGAGCUUUUAGCAGUCCAGGAAGGAAUUAAGGUUCUCGAAACUUUGGUUGCUCUUGGUGAUGAACAAAAUAGAGUCCAGUUGCUUGCCCUGCUUGUUCCCACUCUCAUAUCUUAUUUGCUGAAUGAAACUGCUUUUUCCUCUGCAUCCAUGGUAUCAAAAGAGCUCCAUGAGUUUGCUCUCCAGGACCUAACACGCAUUGGACCCCUGUAUCCUCAUGCCUUCAAGACAGUGAUGGGAGCAGCUCCUGAACUGAAAACACAGCUUGAAACUGCAGUUCGAGCAAGUCAGGCAAGCAAAGCCAAGGCAGCUGCCAGGCAACCGCCACCCACAGUACAUUCCACUCCAACAAUAAAACUCAAAACUAGCUUUUUCUGAUUGGUUCCAAUAGGGAUAAAUCAUAAAACCAGUCUCUCCCUUUUUCUAUUAGUGUUUGUCAGAGGCUGACCACGAGCUGUGUAUGUUCUUAGGUUUGUAGUAUGACUUGAAAUCUGUGUGUUACAAGGGAUGUAAUAUUACCUGUAUGUACAUAGAUUUUUAUGAAAUGGAAUAUGUUUGAUAUGAUGAUGUAUCUGAGUCUUGUGUUAAACUAUCUCCUGUAAUUAAGCGCUUUCUGUUGUAUUUUGUGUAUCAGGAAUGUUCAGGAUGCAUUAUAAAUUCUCAUAUAAAUGUAGAUUUAUGCAUCUGAUAGGGAAGGGAGAAAAUCAGUUUUGUUAUCACUUAGCACAGGAAACUUCAGGUGAACUAAUGCAUGUUUCCUUUUGAAUGGGAAAUCUGGAUAUUUUUUCAAACCUGUUUUUUUUCCAAUCCAGAUAACUGUGCUUAAGGGUAAAUUCCACAGGUAGUCUGAAGCAAAAACACUGAAGAGUUGGAGCCCAAGAACCAUGAACAGAAUGAGUUUGUGUAGUGCAUUCCCCCCCACCUCCUCUGCCCACUUAAAGCUGCUGCUCAUGCCCAAGGGAUUCCUAGGAGCAGAGUGGAAUGCAGUGCUGUUAUCAGCUCUCCUUCCCCUAUAUCGGGCCCAUAGCCAGAAAAUUUCAGUUGGGGGGGCCCAUGGGAAAAAACUUUGGAUGGAGGGGCCCCCCUCUGGCAGCCCCCACUCUCUUUUCUCCCCCUGGCUCUGGAGGCUUCACCCCCCUCCACACAGCACCCCACCCUCCCACCCACUUACCCACCAACCGGGCGAAAGAGCAAACAGCAGGCUCCUGGGGCUCUUGCAAGGCGCGCCCCCCCCCACCGAUCACAUGAUCAGCAGAAAAAGCCGCUCUGAAGCUGGCUUUCUAGAGUGAUCAGCAAGUUCAGCGCUGGCCACUCCAGCACUGAACUUGCUGGUCGCUCUGGAAAGCCGGCUUCAGAGCGGCUUUUUCUGCUGAUCAUAUGAUCGGCGGGGGGGGGUGUGUGCCUUGCAAGAGCCCCAGGAGAGCCCGCUCUUUGCUCUUUCACCUGGUUGGUGGGUAAGUGGCUGGGUUGGUGGAUGGGAGGGAGGGGGAGGUGUCGCGCAGAGGAGGGUGGGGCCGCCAGAGCCGCCAGGAGAAAACUGGCAGUGGGGAGAGUGGGGGCCAGGGAAAUGAGGGGCCACAAAGGUCUGAGGGGGGGUUGGGUGGGGGGGCUGUUCCCCCCGUGACCCCCCGUGGCAAUGGGCCUGCCCUGUAUAAUCUCUUGCUGUAAAUAAUAGUUCAUACAAAAAAGGAAGGAGUGAUUUCUGCCAGCAUCCUCUUGAAUUGCAGCUCCUCCCCACACUGUUCUUGAGAACCCCCUAACUCUCUAGCAUGCUGCAAAGGUAGGAGGGGAAAACAUGCACAUAGUUCCUGAGAUUCUCCCAUUUUUGUGGAGCCUAUUAAUAAAUACGACUUCAGCUUUUGGGAGACAAAACCACAAUAUAUGGAAUGGUCAGCAAAGUGGGAAAACACACAUAGACUCCAGAGAGCCUUUGAGCAUUUUCCAUGAUUUUUCUUUUUAAGAUUAUUUGAGAGCUUUCUAACAAUCGUGAAGCAAGGGAUGAAAUUUUCAGUUUGCUUUUAUUAUUCAGCUUACUUCAUUUAAAGAUAGAAUUUUCCCCAUUUUAAUACUUUUAUUGCAUCAAAAGUAAUGUUUAAUUUGGAUUCACUAGUAGUGAAAACAAUAUUAAAACUUCCUUCAGUGUCACAUUAAGCAUUUAAAUGAAAUUCUGCUCUCUGUCCCAAAGUACUUGCUGCAAAAGACAAAGUUUUUGACCCUA